AUGAUCUCCAUCCAGGACUGCCGCAUCCUGUCCAUCCAGAGCCACGUGGUGUCUGGCUACGUGGGCAACAAGUGCAUCACCUUCCCGCUCCAGAUCCUCGGCUUCGACGUGGACACUCUGGACACCGUCCAGUUCUCCAACCACACGGGCUACCCGGUCUGGAAGGGCCAGAUAGCAGACACCGAAGACCUGGACGCCAUCUUGGCCAACCUGGACACGAGCGUGUACACGCACGUCAUGACAGGGUACGUGCCGUCGCUGAGCGUUCUCGAGCGCAUCCGGGACCUCGUUAUCGAGAUGAAGAGGGCCAACCCGGAGCUGGUGUACAUCUGCGACCCUGUGAUGGGUGACUGCAGCUUCCUGUACGUGCCCGCAGACCUGGUGAAUGUUUACAAGAACGACCUGGUACCCAUCGCCGACAUCGUGACGCCUAACCAGUUCGAGAGCGAGCUGCUGACGGGAGUGACCAUCAAGGAUGAAAACUUGGCCCUGGACGCCAUGGAAGCCAUGCACGUCAUGGGCGCCACGUCGGUUGUCAUCACGUCCACGACGGUGGACGGUAACACGGGCUCUCUUGUGGUUUUCGCCAGCAAGAGGACCGGAGACCGGAUGACGUCGCUGAGGGUGGAGGUGCCCCGGAUCGACGCCCAGUUCAGCGGUACCGGGGACCUCUUUGCAGCGGUCCUGGUAGGCUGGAUGACCAAGUCGAACAACAACCUGCGCGUAUCCGUCGAGAAGACGGUGUCCACGAUCCAGGCGGUGCUCAAGAAGACCUUCCGCCACGCGCAGAACAUGCACGUCGAGCCCGAGCUCAAGUACCGGAGUCACGAACUCGAGCUGAGGCUGGUGCAGAGCAAGGACGAGAUUGAGGAGCCGCCACAGAACUUCAAGUCCGUCGCGCUCACCUGA